CUCUUAGGAGAUUCAGUCGAAAAGGACUAAGCUACUUUCUUGCUGGCAUAUGACUGUAUGAAUGUAUGAAAGCCAGUAGUGUUUAUUGUGCUAUAAGGGCAUGCUGAAUCAGGUAACAACACAUCCUUUAUGUGAGUGUUGAGGAGAGGCGGAGAAACCACCGCGGCGGGCUGGGCUCGCAGAAUCCUCUUCCUGUGUGAGUACACACAUGCUCUUUAUUCACCGCACUUUUUACACUCGUGCUUACGGUCCAGAGCUUGAAGACCGGGGUAUCGCAACGAGAAUCUUCCACUGGAAUAAGGAGAAAUGGUUGAAUGAAAGGCGACUCAUGGAAGUACACAUCUAGAACAUAGUUGUGAAUUCACCUUCUUCUAGAGAAUGUGGUUUCCCCUCUCUGCAGUUUACUCAAUUUCCGACCAUGACAAAAAAAUGUGCCAUCAUCCCUAAACAUGAGACCAGUGGAACAUAGGGCAAGUCAAAGAGAGACAGACAUUCUCUCAGGGGUCUGUCAUGGAACCUCAGCAUCAGACAGGAAGGAAAGAACAAGGUGAACAGAGAAAGUAGUGGGACCACAUGUGAUGUGACUCACUGAUGAAAAGCGUCUGCUACCAAUGACUGGAUCAGAAAUAGAAGUAGCCAGGUUCUGGACCCGGUUGAGCCUUCCUGGGCCUCAUCCAGGGGAGAAGGCGGCGUGGCCAAUGGGCCUCACCCUUGACCACAGACAUACGGAUAAAGAACCCAGACAUUGGUAUAAGCAAUGUACAAUGAGACAAAUAAUGAGCAAAGUUAUCAUUCUGGCUGAUCUUCUCUGGUUAGUCAGACAUUAUUAACAAUCACACAGACAAUUCCAUUCUAGUGGACGGUGAGACUGUAUUCACCGCUGGAGGUAAGGUGUGUCCAGUUGUGUGUGAUUCCCUGGGUCCUCUGGUUGAUAGCGGGAUGCUGCGGAGGGGUCUGCUGGCCUGGGUGUCCCGUGUGGGCGUUCUGCUGGUCCUAGUGUGCUGCUCUCUGUCCCUCCUCUACGUCAUGACCUGCAGCCCCCACUCCGAGGACAACCUGGUGAGCCAUGCCCUGCCACGCCCCGGGAUGGGGGUUGGGGUAGGAGGGGCAGCAGGGGGCACGGGGGCGGCUCAGAGCGGACCCACUGGGCGGAAUGGAUACCAAGCCAUGCUUGCAGAGCGCGAGGAGCAACACAAGUUCCACAUCACUAGUUUAAAGAAACAAAUCACCCAGCUGAAGGAGGCACUACAGGAGCGCAGCGAGCAGCUGAAAGGAGUUCAAGACUCCAUGGAGCGGGGGACAGGGGGAGGCCGGGGUGGCCAGUCCCCAGGAGGAGGUAUCCUUGGGGAGGGAGGACAAGGGCCAGGGGUCGACAGGAGCCACGCUGACCUUCAGGAGUUCCUCCACAGUCAGCUGGGCCGGGCGGAGGUCCACCAGGGGACUAGACUACCCAGUGAGUAUGCCAUGGUGCCCUUCGAGAGCUUCACCCUGCAGAGGGUGUACCAGCUGGAGAUGGGCCUGACAAGGCACCCUGAGGAGAAGCCUGUGAGGAAGGACCGGAGGGAUGAGCUGAGUGAAGCGCUAGAGACAGCCCUGCAGAGUCUCAACACACCCCGCAACGGAGCAGACAAGGGCCACACCACCAAGGUCUACUCAGCAUCAGACUUCAUAGAAGGUAUCACUCGGACGGAGAAGGACAAAGGCACUGUGUAUGAGCUCACCUUCAAAGGGGACCAGAGCCGUGAGUUCAGGAAGUUGGUUCUGUUCCGUCCCUUUGGGCCGCUGAUGAAGGUGAAGAACGAGAGAGUGGACACAGCUGACGUCCGCAUCAAUAUCAUAGUGCCCCUCUCCCAACGAGCCGACAAGUUCAGACACUUUAUGCACAACUUCAGAGAGGUGUGUGUGCGGCAGGAUGGGCGUAUCCACCUAACUGUGGUGUACUUUGGGAAGGACCAAAUGAAUGAAGUCAGGAGCACGCUGGAGAACACAUCUAGGGAGAUCAACUUUAAGAACUUCACUCUGCUCCAGCUGAAUGAGGAGUUCUCCCGGGGGCGUGGCCUGGAUGUGGGUGCCAGGGCGUGGAAAGGAGGGAACGUUCUCCUUUUCUUCUGUGAUGUCGACAUCUACUUCACCGCUGACUUCCUCAACACCUGCCGACUCAACACUCAACCUGGUAAAAAGGUGUUCUAUCCUGUUCUGUUCAGCCAGUACAACCCAACCCUGAUUUACGGUAACCACGACUACAUCCCUCCAGUGGAGCAGCAACUGGUCAUUAAAAAGGAUACAGGAUUCUGGAGAGACUUUGGCUUCGGAAUGACAUGCCAAUACCGAUCAGAUUUCAUCAACAUAGGUGGUUUCGACGUGGACAUCAAAGGCUGGGGCGGCGAGGACGUGCACCUUUACAGGAAAUACCUUCACAGCAACCUGCUGGUGGUGCGGUCCCCGUCUAGGGGCCUCUUCCACCUGUGGCACGAGAAGCGCUGCGCGGACGAGCUGCCCCCGGAACAGUACAGGAUGUGCAUGCAGUCCAAGGCCAUGAACGAGGCCUCGCACGGUCAGCUGGGCAUGCUCUUCUUCCGACACGAGAUCGAGGCACACCUGCACAAGCAGAAACCCCAGAGGCUAAACCCUGCCAAGAAGACAUGAUGAGGGAGUCACACAGGACUCUAGACUAAAGGAGGGGGGCAUGACAGUAUGGCAGUCAGAGACAGUGAGGGGGAAACAACAACAGAACAGAGAUCUAUUGUUGUGAACUGAUGACAACAAUACUGACUCACUACAGAGGAAAAACACUCCAUUUUAUCUUCCGAUGGCAAAAUGGAUAUAUAAAACACAGCUAAGGCAUCUGUCGUAUCUUGAAGAAGUGAGAGCACUGUAAAAACAACAGUGAGAGUCAAAAGGAGCAGCAGAAAGACUUGACUGCUCUGCUGUAUUUUGUUUAAAAUCACGUGCCUCGUGUUGACUGACUGACAGCUGGUUUUGAGAAUCAUGAUGUGGCAUCUGCUGGUCUUUCUUGAAGGCUAGAUAAAGAGUAGAACUAGAUUUUCCUGUAGCCUAUUAGAGACACCUUGUGGAAUGGAAGAGAACAGCAUGACUGUGAAUGGAAUGAGGAUACUCUUAAUCUGAAGUCAUGUCAGCUGGUUACGUGACUCUCCUCAGAACUGAUGAUCAAUCAAUACAUUAAAACAGGCAUUACCGAGGGUUAUGUAGAGAGACAAUGGCAACAAUGGAGGUACAUGGAAGCUAUUAGAUAUUCAUUAUUUCUCAAGCUCCACAGAAUCAAUAUACAGAUGUACUAACCUAAUUUGAUCACUCCUUUGUUGAUGAUCAUUUUCCUUCACUGCAGCAAAUGCAUAUGAGCUUUGUGAUUUACAUAAAUUCACAGAAAACCCCAACUCUAGCCUGUUUACACCUGGUGCUAACAUGGGUCCUUUGUGCACAAUCAGAAUGUGGACAAAAUCAGGACAAAUUACGCAAGUUAGAACCAGGUAUAAACGAGGUUAAUACACGGUUAUAUUAACAUUAUUGCAUUUUUCAUGUAGCAUACUUUUUCCAGUUGAUAGCAAAACCAACGAUCAAGCAACAUUGUGGACUGCUGCAGGAUUAUUGUCCUGUGACAACACAGAUCAAAUUAAGAUCCUACAUCUACAGUGUACUGCUUUUUCACAAGUUUAACUAAUCCUACAAGUGCUUUUAUGUGCUUUUUUAUCAUCAAGAAACAAAAGAGUGUAGUUUGAAGGGUCAAAAGAAAUAUUGAGAAUUUUUUGGGCGGUAUUAUGGUGUGCUGUUUGAGCAGGAAGCUAUGAGGGCGUCACGUUUGUCGUAAGAAUUAUCGGACCAAGGUGCAGCAUGAUAUGGUUUCCACAUGUUUAUUAACUGAAAAACAAUGAAGAAUGAACGAAACGUGAAGACAAUGGCGUGCUCACAGGCAACUUCACAUAAACAAGAUCCCACAAACACAGGUGGGAAAAAUAACUACUUAAAUAUGAUCCCCAAUUAGAGACAACAAUUACCAGCUGCCUCUAAUUGGGAAUCAUUCAAAACACCAACACAGAAAAAGAAACUAGAACACAACAUAGAAAUGGGUAUACUAGAUCACCCCCUAGUCACGUGAGAGAGGGAUAGGGAACAUGUUAUGGUCCUGAGAGAAAAUAUGGAUACAGUGUCCAACAUAUUUCUCAAUGUUGUUGAUUUUAUUAGGAUCUCUUUUAGUCCCCAUUUGGACUAAUCUUCCAAGAGUCCUUAACAUUAAAUUAUAUUAAGAAAUAAAACAAAGACUAUCUACAAUAGUCUAAUUGUUUUGUGUAUGGUAUAACUGGGCAAAUAAUAUAUUAUAAUAGAUAGCAUACACUUUGAUUCCAUAAUUAAGUUAUAAACACAGUGUUAAAAAUGGUAGAACGGUCUUCACCCUCGAUCAGAAGUUUUAUUGUUAGAAAAAAUUUAAAUGCCUUGUCCAAAAAUUUGUAAAUAUUAUUUAACAAUGUUGUUAUCUGUAUUGAUAAUAUGCCUACUCUUCCUUAGAAGCUUAAAUGACGAUGGCUUGACACAAGUCUAAAUGACCCAAAGGAAGUUGAGGUAGUAGAAUGCCUCCAUGUCUAUAGAGCAGUAUAAGCUAGGUAUGGGCCAGUAUAGGCAGUCCAUCCACAGAGCAAUAUAGGCCAGGGGAAAGUGCCAGUAUGAAAGUGUAAAUUAAGACAAUCUGAAAUGGUUAGAAAUUUAAAUUUAGUGGCAAAGUGCCUCUGAUAUUUUAAAGUGACACAUGGCUUUUACGUUAUCCAGGUGGAUUUCUACUGAGAGUUUUUCUUAGAGAUGUAACUUCUUGAUGGCUAAGCGCAGUAUUAUAGAUGAACACAUUUUCACAGGCUUGACAUUCACAGCGAGUGACAAAGACUUUAUGCCAUUUCACUUAUUUGUCUUAAAUGUCAGCUCUCAACAUUUUGUGUUAACUGUAUAUUGAGGUGUUUGAUUACAUUCCUCAUGAGUAUUUCAAUCCCAUGACAGUAGUGGACUGUUUCACAUGGAAUAAUUUAUAUUAACCUACAUUUGUGUUGGAUCACCAAAGCCUGUAAACAGAGUAAAGAAGACACACUUUUUAAUGAAUUUUUAUUUUUUACAUUUGUUUUAUUGUUUCAUGAAAGGAUACUUCUUUCUGUUAAUAAUAAAUAUAACUUUCCUGAU